AUGGAAGCAUGGUAUGUGAGGGAAGGAGCCCCGAUUCCCAAGUACGAGAAGCCGGGUGACCCUGCCAAGGGUGGUUUUAGCGUCCCCGAAUACAAGUCGACAUACACCAUCGACUACACGAUUCCCGUCGUCCAUGGCGGGACGACCACCACGACGCAACUUCCCACCGGAACGUCUGUCGUGGCUGGCCCCAUGAAGGCCUACGUUCCCAAUGGCCAAGUGCUCCAAGUGGGCAAGGCCGGAGACCGCAACAAGGUCACCGUCACCAUCACUAACCCUGACGGGACACAAACCGUCCAGGAACAAAUCAUUGAGCCUAUGAUAGGUCCCAAGGUAGGUUCCCGAAACUUCGAGCAUCGUGUUAGCUCGUCGAAGAAUAUAUUGUCAAUGAGCACUGUUGACAAGAGUGUCGUAUAG